UAAACGACGAUUAGUAACACCAUAAAGCUUGUUGGGCUUCUUUUACAAUUGGUUGAUAGUCAGUCACGUGACUGAGGUGUUCGCGCUUACCUGUACUUGCAUCUGUGCGUGAAGUACUGAACACACAUUCAUACUCUUGACAGGAUCAACUAUGAGCAGAAGCGGAGAGAGCGCGUGGCUUAGUUUUUGUAUAUAAUAUUUAUUUAACAUUGUUGGUUAAAAUAGUUGAACUAAACUUUUUUAAUUACAAAAUUAUAGCCUACCUACGCAAAAGCAUUUUAAAUGCUGUUAAAAAUAACGCUGAGUUCAAGUAAUGGCACUGUCACAGGUUCAGUGCCUUGAUGACAAUCACAUCAACUUGCGCACUAACGAGUCCAAGCCGGAGUUCUUUUACAGCGAGGAACAGAGGAUCGCGCUGGAGACACUCAUACAUGACGGACAGGACGCCUUUGAGGACUACAUCAAAACAAAGAACAUUCGCUGCUUUCUAUCGGACCUUGAACUUGAGAGGAUUCUCAACACUGUGGAGGUGUAUAGCCCGGGUUCCCACGACAAUAACGCUGAACUGUACGGGGAAAGUGAUGGGGAAGAGCUUUCCCUGCAGUACUGGCCCGACCGCUCGGACUGCUCGAUCCCACAGCUGGACAUCGGGUGGCUGGACCGGGUGUCCUACCGCGGAGUGACGCGUGUCCAAGUGUACACUCAACCCCCUUAUGAGGGUCAGCCACAUAUUAAAGAGGUCGUUAGAAAAAUUAUCGGCCAAGCACAGAGGGUUAUUGCAAUUGUCAUGGACUUGUUUACAGAUAUUGACAUCUUCAAAGAUCUACUGGAUGCAAGCUACAAGCGGAAGGUUGCUGUGUACAUUAUGCUGGAGGCCACCGGAGUAAAGCAUUUUCUGAAAAUGUGUGAGAAAGCAGGCAUGCACACUGGACACCUCAAGAACUUGAGAGUGCGUAACAUCAGAGGGGCACAAUUUUUCAGUCGAUCCUCAAAGAGAGUGUGUGGAAGCCAAAGCCAGAAGUUCAUGUUUAUUGACGGAGACAAAGCAGUCUCAGGGUCAUAUAGUUUCACAUGGUCUGCCUCUAGAUUGGACAGAAACAUCAUCACUGUUCUCUCUGGCCAAGCAGUCGACACAUUUGACGCAUUGUUUCAGGACAUGUAUGUGAUGUCUAAUGGAGUGUGCUUGAGCAAGAUUAAUCUGAGCAGUGAGCCUGAACCUGAGUUCCUCCCUCAGGCGGUACCAACUCUACUUCCCUCAGCAACCAAGGCACUCAAGCUCAUUAACCCAAAAUACACUCUGGUCUUUAACUGUGCUUUCACUACCAAUGGACCUAUAUCUGACCAGACAAGUGCCAAGAACAACAUUUCCAAGAAUCAGACAGAAGUCAUCAAACAAAUCAAAGACUCCCCAGUGGUGCCAUCUGUUCACCCGGGACUUCUAAACUUGGGAAAGGCGAACAUGAUCAAUUAUGUGCCGACCUGGCCUGAUCCUGACCCAACGAGUGAUGUCAUUGGUUUCAUUAACAUAAGAGACUCCAACAAGCCAUUGCAAGCUCACCUAAUGCGCUCAGAGCUCUUUGAAGUGUCUCAAGCCAUCCGAUUCAAGGAUCCUUUUCAUGAGCCAAAGGAGUCUAUAUAUCUAAGGGCUUGUCCUGGACCCAUAUCCCAAACUCCCUCUGAUCCUGAAGCUCCAGCACAGAAUCAAACAUCAGGAGAAGCUCAGAAGAAUUUUGAUCAAAAUCAACAUCAAACAAGCAGCCGGAGUGAGGAUCUUAUCUUGCCUGUGGAAAAGCCAGAAACUCUGCAGGUGCUUGCCUGUCAUCAAGUUGAUAAAGAUGAACUAUGUGUAAUGGAAAAAGACAUCUUUGACAUCUCUACAUCUUUGCAGAGUAAAAACAUUCACUCUGAAAAACACUUUCCCAAUGCAAUUCCGAAUGUGUCUUUUACUCAAGACGAUAGAGUCUCAGAUACAAAGCAAACCGUGGUUACUCCACAACCUCUGAAAUGUCCUGCUCAAACCUCUGAGGAUCUUGACAUUAAAUCAUCAUCAGGAGUGUACAACAAAACUCAUUGUGACUUAUUUGCAAUCCCAGACACCCCUUUUGUUAAGCAAAGCCUUGAUGACCAAGUCUUAAUUGAUGUUGCCACUCAAGAACACAGAUAUACAAAACCAGAGACAAACCAAAAUGGCUGUAAUGGUACACAAAUGUCUAACUGUGACUCCAGCAUCUCUUCAUUGUCUGAUGUAUACUAUGAUUGUUUUAGCCCUGUUGCUGACUUAAGGUCUUUAGGAGAUUUUUUUGUGGCUGAAAAAACACAAGAAUCUUUGCAUAAUCCAAUCAGAAAUGAUCAUCAAGAGCAGGAAUUUCCUUGUUCAAAUUCAUCCUCAACUCAAGAUUGUACAGAUUUGGAUACUAAACAGACCUUGUUUACUCCAAAACUUUUGAAAACCUCUUGCAGUAUUGUCUUCAACUUCUUAUCUACAGAGUUCAAAACAACAACUGCAACUUCCGAAACCACCUUUGCCCAAGAAAGUGACAAAGUUAUCACAAGAAAUGAUAGUAGACUACCAGUCAAAGAUAGUGAAAUCCGCUAUUUCUCACAGACUCCUAAUGGUUGCUUCAACUUCUCUUCAACUUCAGAGGAAUACUUUGAAUGCAAUGACACACUGGGUUUGAAUCCAGAUAUUCAUGGUAUGGAUCAUGAGAAACCAAGCUCAGUUGAGAACUUCAGCCUGAAUAAACCUCUGGAAAUACUGAAGCCCGUACUGGAAGCAGAGAAACUAUUUGAGGUAAGCUGUCAGAGCAUGAAAGAAAAAGAUGAACCUGAAAUGGAUUCUGGACAGGAGCAGCCUGAAUUUCAACACAUACUAGAAAUAACAACUGACAGUCACCUAGUGGCAGAUGAAAUUAAGGCAGUUUUAGGGUCUGAGGAUAUUACUCAAACUCAACUGAAUAAGAAAAAUCACAGACACAAAAAACAAGUGUCUGAAGUUACCUCAGAGCCAGUAGUAGAGAGCAAAUCAAUGAGUAACUGUUUACAAGAACAUAAGAUAAGUGCAUCUCAGGAGAAAUUAGAGAUACAGAACAAGGCAGAAUCUGUAGAGUUAUCUGAGAAAGUCAAAAAAGAGCCAAUGCAAGACUUAAAACUUGAUGCAAGUCUAGAUUUAGUGUGUGAGGAAUCACUACGAGACUUACAAUCUGACAUAAGUCUGGAUUUAAUAUGUCAGGGAAAGUUUAUACAGUUAGCUGAGAAAAAUCCAAAACUUUAUCGUCAGGACUUAGAAUCUGAGAGGAGACCAGGAUAA